AUGCAACUCAACCGAGAAUAUUUUCGCGUCAUACUUUAUUACAACUUUCAGAGACAAUUACCGCAACAAGAAUGCCUUGCUGAGUUGCUGUCUGUUUUCGGCAACGAAGCGCCACAUCAGUCGACAAUUUCCCGUUGGUAUGGAGAACUCAAACGUGGACGGGUGAGUCUGAGCGACGAUCCCAGGGUGGGUGCUCCAAAAACGGCAGUCACCCAGGAAAACGUCGAUGCUGUGCGCAAACUCAUCAUUGAAGAUAGACAUGCGACAUAUCGCGAGAUUGAGGAGUCCUUGAAGAUCUCAAAGACCUCAAUUCGAAAAAUGUUUCAUGAAGAAUUAGGAGUAAGAAAAUUAGUUUCUCGUUGGAUACCCCACUUGUUCACUAAAGAGCAGAAAGCAGCCAGGGUUAAUUGGUGUCAAAAAACGCUUCACCGUUUCAAUUCCGGAAACGCAAAAAAUGUGUACAGCUUGUUAGUGCCAACAAAAGUCAUCCGUUCUCGAAGUGCUUCGAAAAAGAUGGUCGCGACAUUUCAAAUAAAUGUUACUGCGGAUUGGUAUACCACCAUUUGUUUGCCAAAAUUAAUCACCGAGCUUCGAAAAAUCAACCCCGAAAGAAGAAUCAUCCUACACCAAGACAAUGCAGGCUCGCACACUGCCCAAAAAACAAGGCAGUAUUUAACGGAAGAAAACGUAGAAUUAUUGGACCAUCCUGCAUGUAGUCCCGAUCUAAGUCCUAACGGUUUCUUUAUUUUCCCGAAAAUUAAAAACAGACUGCGUGGUCAAAGGUUCCAGUCCCCAGAAGAAGCAGUUGACGCAUUCAAAAAUGCCGUUUUGGACCUGCCAGCCAACGAGUGGAAUAAGUGCUUCGAAAAUUGGCUAGACUUGAGAGUUAUACCGGACUGA